CACACCUAGGCUACCCUUCCCAAAAUCAUGACAAAAAAUAAUUAAUUUAUGGGUGGGGGAGUCGAAGUCCUUUCACUGUCUGUGGGGAAGGGGAGGGUCUUUAUUACCCCCGAAUUGAGAGACUUGCUGUGGACAUCAGACAGAGCUAGACCGAAGCACAUCGAGAGAAAGAUACCCAAAAUCUCACAAUUAAAAAAGAAAACGAAACCUCGGUAGAUGUUUGAAGACUAAUAAACGCAUUCCGACGGCAUUUGAUGAUGUCGAUCGAGCGAACAGCUCUCUUUGAUAAUACAUUAACGGUCCUUCAGUCGUUAUAGUCAAGCUACAAUAGUACAACAUAGCAACGGUUGCAAAUAAAGGCUUCUGGCGGACGCGUUUGAUGGACGACGCCUCCGAUGUUUUAAACAUAAGUGUGAUUGAGUGGCCAAAUCCACUCUGUCAUCCAACAGAUGAGAGGCAAACAGUUUCUGCAACUUCAGUCGCCUGCAUUGGGGGACAAGAAUGCUGUGUACGACAAAAAUCUGAAUCAUACCACGAAAAUAAUCUCACAACCUGGGAUCGUAAUGAAAGUAUUGCGGAGAAAACGAUUUGUUCUCUUUAUAGCCUAUUUUCUGCUGUUAGUUCUCACCAUGCUGAACUUGGCUAACUACAGGUGGGCUAAAGACCCUCAACAGUGUAGUCUUCAGAUGAGAAGCACCUUGUAUCAGGACAGAUCAGACAUUCGAUUUCUUUACAGGCCAUCUAUCGCUAAGAAGAGACAGCUUGUCUACGUUUUGACAACAUGGAGGUCAGGAUCAUCAUUUUUCGGAGAGCUAUUUAAUCAACACCCUGAUGUUUUCUUCCUGUACGAACCUAUGUGGCACAUCUGGCAGAAACUGUACCCGGGUGAUGCCGUGUCUCUACAAGGAGCAGCAAGGGACAUGCUUAACACGCUGUACCGCUGUGAUUUUUCUGUUUUUCAGCUGUACAACAGUCCGGGGAGCAAAAAUUUCACCUCUCUUGGACUUUUUGGGGCCACCCUUAAUAAAGUCAUCUGUUCGUAUCCUCUUUGCUCUGCUUAUAGGAGGGAGGUGGUUGGGAUGGUUGAUGACAAAGUGUGUAAAAAAUGUCCUCCGCAAAGCCUCAGGCUCUUAGAGGAAGAAUGCCUUAAGUACAAUACUAUAGUCAUUAAAGGCGUGCGUGUUUUGGAUGUCAAUAUUUUGGCCCCCCUGAUGGAGGAUCCAUCUCUGGAUCUUAAAGUGAUUCACCUCGUGUGGGAUCCUAGAGCCGUGGCUAACUCCAGGAUCAAAUCUAGGCAUGGACUGAUUCGUGAGAACUUACAGGUGGUCCGAAGCAGGGACCCCAAACUUCGCCGGAUACCGUUUGUGGAUCCCGGGCACAAAAUAAGCAAAAAGGAUGGAGCAGAUUAUCACUCGGUCGGGGCUAUGGAGGUAAUAUGUGAUCGGACAUACAGAACCUUGAGGACCGCUUUGAAUCCACCCAGCUGGCUAAAAGGAAAAUACAUGGCAGUGCGCUAUGAGGAUCUAGUGGAUAAGCCUGUCAAAGUACUCCGGAAUGUUUAUCAGUUUGCCAAUCUCAGUGCUAACCUGGACAUUGAAUCCUUUGCUCUUAACAUGACCAAUGGCACAAGCUCUUCUUCAAAGCCAUUUACUGUGUCGGCCAGGAAUGCGACCCAGGCUGCCAGUGCAUGGAGAACAGUGUUGAGUAUACAGCAGAUAAAACAGGUGGAGGAGUACUGCUAUCACUCAAUGGCCAUUCUGGGUUAUGAGCGUAUAAGAACAGCUGGAGAGGCAAAGGACCUGAGGAAAUCUUUAUUGACUGCCUCCAAACUGUGAUACAGCUCUCUCAGCUGAGAAAGCUAACAAAUAUCCAACAUAAACUGGUAAUGGGUUUUAUCCCAGAUCAGGUGUUUGAAUUGUAAAAACCCUUUCUGGAAUGUCAUAGUUUUUCUAGGUUGCUUUAUAGCCAUUUAACCUUAGUAAAUGGCCUUAUGAAUGUAGGAUUCAGCAACUACUGUAUAAACCAUAAUUUGAAAACAAUUCAUUUUACAAACCACAUUCUAAAUUAAACAAAUUUUGUUUUAAAUGUUACAGGUCAGUUUUUGAAUUUCAGUUCAUUUGCUCUCUGUACAAGUUAGGAAUGAGAAGUUAUAGUAACACAAAUACUGAUCAAAACUGUUAUGCCAAGUACAGGUUUUGCUAAUUUUGUUCUAAAUCAAUCAAAUGACAAUCAUUAAACUUUACGCACUGCACAUACUUUAUGAAUGCCAAUGUUACGUGUUAUGUGGCAUUUUUCUCAUUCUACUAAAUAAAAGGUCAUAAUAAUGAUUUGCAAAAUCUUAACGUAUUAAUUAUUAUUGAUGCAUAGUUCCAGGACGGUUUGGCCAAUAAAGCUUUUGAAAAGUUUCACCAUCUAUAUGCAAAAACAAAAGAUAGUAUUUACAUAAUACUACAUAAUUAGCAUAUCAAUGAAAUGUCACAAAGUGUUUUAGCCUGCCAGAACUGUAUCACUGCACAAUAUUUGUUUAUAACAUCAAUAAUAGGUUCUAUUGAGUGGUACUUAAAAUGCACACAUUUAA